UGGCAGAUUUCUUUUCUUAUACUUUCACUAUUAGCAUUUGUUGGCACACCUUACAAAGAAUUGUGUGAUAAUUGGCAUUCAAUUACAAAUUCCUAGAAUCUCAAAACUAUACUGCACAUGCGUCAAAACAAAUUGAGUUUUAUAGAAAUACUCGUUAACUAAAUAGGAAUUUAUUUAAAAUGAAUCAAGCUAAAAUUGCAAAUUUGGUUUGCCAGUUAAGAUAUAAUGUACUACCAAAACCUCGAAAAUUGAAAAACGUUAAAGGACCAGAAGGAAGAAGUAUAAAAUUACAAAAGACAUUAACUAAAUUGUUAAAAUAUGAGAGAAUAGAGUUAAAUUUAAAUCGAGCCGAUGAGACGAGAGGUUACGUGGAACAGCUUAUAUCUCAGGCAAUUCGAAAUGGCUGUCAGAAUAAAACAGUUAUGGAAUUGGCUAAUUUUUGGAUAUUAGAAAAACAACUUAUAUAUAAAUUGUUCAAUGUUUUUGUACCUAGGUAUAAGAGUUAUUGUACAUCUUUUACUAGAAUAUACAAUUGCCCAAGGGAUUAUCCAGGAAGUUAUAGGAAAAAAGUAGUAUUAGAAUUAAAAGGAAAUCCAUAUCCAAGUAUAUAUACGCAUUCUUCAGAUGGAAAUCUAUUACAGAAUGUACUUUUAAGUGAAGCUAAAAAGCAAUACCAUAUUAAGCACUAUGAAAAAUUUAUAUAAAUAAUUAUAAAAUUAUAAUAUAA